AUGGCACUGCUCAAACGGUUGUCGCCUGUCGAACGGGCGAGCGGCAUGGACCGCAGCGAUAGCCCGCUCCUCAAAGAACCAGAGAACCUGUCAGGCCCACGGCUGCUGAACCGCGAUGAAAUUCCCUCGUGGUAUGGCCAUAAUCAGUACAUUCGAACCAGCUAUAGGCCAGUGACACCAUCAAUUUCUCGGUGUCUUAGCAGUUUGCUGUACCUCCACAACGAAACUGUGAAUGUUUACUCCCAUCUCAUCCCUGCCACCAUAUCUUUGCUGGGCAAUGGGCUUCUCUAUGCUUAUUACUCUACAUCUGUCCCGGACGCUACGUGGGUCGAUCAGCUUGUUUUUCAUAUUUACUUGACAACCUCGGUCAUUUGUUUUGGUAUCUCAUCCGCAUACCAUACUUUCCUUUGCCAUUCUACCCGUUACACUGAUUUAUGGGGUCGGUUGGACUAUGUUGCUAUUGUAUUCCAGAUUCUUGGUUCAUUUAUCUCUGGGAUAUAUAUUGGUUUUUACUGUGAACCACAUUUGCAAAAGCUUUAUUGGUCAAUGAUUGGCAGUCUAGGCUUUUUGACUGGAUUUGUCGUGGUGCAUCCUAAAUUACAAAGUCAAAAGUGGAGACUGUUGCGGUUAUCAACAUUUGUGGCGAUGGGACUCUCGGCAUUUGCUCCUAUCAUCCACGCUGCUAGUAUCUUCCCUUAUGAGCAACUAGAUCAACAAGCGGGAUUGCGAUAUUACUAUAUUGAAGGACUCGUUAUCGUGGUCAGAGUCUUGUUUUACGCAAAUGGGCUGACGCAGGAUGAAGCUGAUUGGUGGCAGACACAUUUCCCGGAGUCGCGAAGACCCGGAAGCUUUGACAUUUGGGGAUCAUCUCACCAGCUAUUCCACAUCUCAGUCGUAAUCGGUGCGAUAAUUCAUUUGUAUGGGAUUUUGGUUGCCUUUCAAUGGAAUUAUGAAAAUCAGCGAUACUGGGAACCAGAAGACUUUCAGUCGGAAACUACAUCUAUCGCGUCGGCAAUUGCGAAGGGUCGAUUAGAGAAUGGUAGACGGAGUCCUUCCGAUGAACAGCAAUUCGAGGCUUUUGAGAUUGGUCAUAUCGUGUUUCUCGUAUUAGACCAUGACCGACCAAACCCUCUACACCACGCGCCUAUCGACAAGUCUCCCAAGCACAUCCUGGACAUUGGGACUGGUAAAGGAACAUGGGCUAUAUCAGCAACUGUCCGUGGCGUCGACAUAUUCCCCCCUCCUGUGACAUAUAUGCCACCGAACUGCCUACUAGAAGUAGAUGAUGUCCUCCGUGAAUGGACCUGGAGAGACCCAUUCGACUUUAUCCACAUGCGUCUGAUGCUGGGAGCAUUUACCCCCGAGGGAUGGGAUCAAUUAUACAAACAGUGUUACGACGCUCUUACCCCAGGCGGCUGGAUCGAACAGAUGGAACUAGACGUGCGAGUAUAUAGCGACGACGGGACUCUACAGGAAGGUGGCACUCUAGCUACAUGGGGAGAUAAUUUCAUCGGCUGCUCUGAGCGAGCGGGCCGCUCCCUCCUAACACAGGAGACAAUGCACGCCGCAAUGGAGAAGGCCGGGUUUGUUGACAUCCAGGAGAAGCUAUACAAGAUUCCUUUGGGGCCGUGGCCAAAAGAUAAGGUUCUCAAGGAGGCUGGACAGCUUCAAUACGCCCACUGGGUUACUGCGUUAGAGGGCUGGGCUAUGUGGCUGCUCACUAAUCGCCGUGUCUGGGCUAGGAAGCCUACGACGGAGGAAGAAAUGGCUAAAUCGCUGAUUAAGACCGAGACUGAGUUAUAA